AUGUCAUUGCUGCUGGCGGACGACGGCGACUUUUCCUCGCCGAACGCGGGUGGCAAUGCGAGCAACUCUGGGUGGUUUACGGAUGCGUUUGAAGACGGCUCGACUGCCAUCCUGAGCGAGGGUCAGCUGGAGGGCUUCCACCGCUUCCUGGGCGACUAUGCCAACCAGCUGCAGGACAUUGAGGAAGCGAUUCAGGUGGACUCGCUGAGCGACUCUUGGGACCCCGAGCUCGACCCGAUCGCGCUGUCGACGGCGCCGUUCGAGGCGGCCACUGUGCUCGACCUCGUCCAGACAGACAACAAGGUGUUCAACAAGGUGCUUGCCGUGUUUGGCGCCGUCUGCAGCGAGCUGAACGAGCUCAAGCACGAGGCCGAAACAAAGUUCUACAACGUCCUGCUCAUGUACGGGGAGACGUUCGAGCACACCAAGCUCGAGGAAGGCGAUGUCCAGCUCAAGAUUGGCCGGUUGCUCCCUCUCCUCCAAGACUUGUCCAACUUUGUCACUCGCGUCCAGGAUGUCGUCAAGAACACGGUCCAGCAGCUGGGUGCUCUCUACACUGUCAACAAGAACACGCGCGUCAUGGAC